AAUUUAGGUGAAGGUCAUACGGUCAUUUCUUCAAGCUGAUAUUUUUAUAUCAUUAUGUUAAGAAACUGUCUUAAAGUUAGAGCUAUCGGGCUAUCGGUGAGAUCAGUUGUCCAUACAAAUUCUAAAAGAUCUUUAGCAUUUAAAAUAAAUAACAGCACUGGAAAAAAUCGUAAAGGAUCAAGUCUUCUACCAACUAUACAACAGGUGCAGAGAAGCCGAUUCACGUCGGAUGGAAGUCACAUAUCUAUACCGCGUUAUGUGCCCAGAGAAAAUGAACCAUUGCAGUCAAAGAUUUCACGAUUAGAAUAUCAGAGUAGGAAGAGAGGAAUGUUGGAAAAUGAUUUACUUUUGAGUACUUUUGCCGACAAAUAUUUAAGAAAUUUAACCGAAGAGCAGCUAGAUAUGUACGACAAAUUGAUAAAUGUUCCUGAUAACGAUUGGGAUUUAUAUGAUUGGCUUAUUGAAAAGAAAAAAGCACCAGAAGAAUUUCAAACGGAAGUCUUACAAAUGUUAAUAAAGCAUAGUAAAAAUGAAGAAAGAGAGCUGAGAAACGCACAACCUCCUCUCAGGCAUUAG